UUCCCAUUAAAGUCUUGCUAGUGCCGGAAACUAGAGUCCUCCUAAAGGUUCAGUGCUGAAAUUGCUCUGUCUUCUUAGACCUGGAAUGAAUAGAAACCUCGUCUGAUGUAUUAUAAGAAAGUGACCAUAUUUAAAAGUAGAUGAUCUUUUGACGAUCAUAAGUGGGAAUCAUCUUUUUCAGUACCCGAAUUCUACAAGCAGGUGGAAGAAACGGGAAAAUCUGGGACAGUAUUGCCUCUACAAAAAAUCCGCCACCUGUACAGCUGAUUGUCCAGUUCUUGGAACAAGCCUCGAAACCAUCAGUGAAUGAACAGAACCAAGUCCAGCCACCACCUGAUAACAAAAGAAACCGCAUUUUAAAACUUCUUGCUCUUAAAGUUGCUGCUCAUCUGAAGUGGGAUUUGGAUGUCUUAGAGAAAAGGAGGAAUUUGUACUGACAUUUAUUCAUGGUGUACUUUAUGUCGAUUAGUACCUUUACUUCUUAAAAUCUUGUCUGUUCCUGUAUUGAACAUGCUACUGAAUGAACUUCUGUGUAUCAGCAAAGUUCCCCCAGGAACUAAACAUGUGGAUGUAGAUCUGUCCAGCUUACCCCCAACCACUGCAAUGGCAAUACUACUCUACAACAGAUGGGCCAUAAGGACCAUUGUUCAAAGCAGUUUUCCUGUAAAGCAAGUGAAACCUGGUCCACCUCAGUUAAAUGUGAUGAACCAGAUGCAGCAAGAAAAGGAACUGACUGAAAAUAUUUUGAAAGUGUUGAAAGAACAGGCUGCUGAUUCCAUCCUGGUCCUAGAAGGAGCACUUAAAUUAAACAAAGAUCUUUAUGUCCACACUAUAAGAACUCUGGAUUUAUUAGCAAUGGAACCUGGUAUGGUGAAUGGAGAAACAGAGAGUUCCACAGCUGGACUGAAAAUCAGUGCAGAGGAGAUACAGUGCCAGGUUUGCUAUGAUUUGGGUGCAAUCUAUUUUCAACAAGGAUCUACAAAUCCAGCUGUUCAUGAAAAUGCUAAAGAAAAGUUUUUCAAAACAAAGGAGUUGAUUGCAAAGAAUGGUUCAUCAUCACUUCAUUUUACCAUAGAUGAAGAACGGUUAGCCGGGUACUGUCAAGCUUGUGGAGUUCUUACUUCAUCUUCUGAUGAUGCAUCUCAACAGGCAACUCCUUAUAGUCAAAUCCAUAGCUGUAUGAAGUCUGGCAACUAUCUGGACUUAGUGAAGAUAUUCCUUGAAGAUAAUCUAGCCCUCAGUUUACCUGUUCAGUUCAGGCAAUCAGUGCUGAGAGAACUCUUCCAAAAAGCUCAACAAGGCAAUGAUGCUCUGGAUGAAGUUUGUUUCAAAGUCUGCGUGUGCAACACAGUCUGUGAUGUAUUGCAGGGUCGAACCAUUGAUAUUCAGUUUUGUCAACUGUUCCUGAAACCCAGCAAAGAGAAAAUAGACUUUCUCCUUGAGGUUUGUUCAAGAUCAAUAAACUUGGAAAAUGCUUCUGAAGCACUGAAGAGAAAAAUGGCAGCAUUUCUCAAAAACUUGUGUUUGGGUUUGGAAGAUCUUCAGCUUGUCUUCAUGAUUUCAUCUCACGAGCUGUUCAUAAAACUGCUGAAAGAUGAUGAACGGAAGCUGCUCAUUGAUCAAAUGCGGAAGAGAUCUCCUCGAAUCAACCUGUGCACAAAGCCUGUGACUUCUUUUUAUGAUAUCCCAGCUUCGGCAAGUGUCAAUAUUGGCCAGCUUGAACAUCAGCUCAUAUUGUCAGUAGAUCCUUGGAGGAUUCGCCAGAUCUUAAUUGAGUUGCAUGGUAUGACUUCAGAACGCCAAUUCUGGACAAUUUCAAAUAAGUGGGAAGUACCAAAUGUUUACGGCAAUGUUAUUUUAGGAAUCAAAGACAAUCUGACUAGGGAUUUGGUCUACAUCCUUAUGGCGAAGGGAUUACACUGCUGUGCGAUUAAGGAUUUUGUCCAUGCAAAACAGCUUUUUGCUGCUUGCUUGGAGCUGGUGACAGAGUUUUCUCCAAAACUCCGUCAAGUCAUGCUGAAUGAAAUGCUGCUUCUGGACAUUUACACUCAUGAAGCUGGAGCUGGUGUUUCUGGAGAACGUCCUCCUUCUGAUCUUAUAAGCAGGGUCCGAGGAUAUUUGGAAAUGAGAGUACCUGAUAUUCCUCUUCGACAAGUUAUAGCUGAAGAAUGUGUUGCCUUCCUGUUAAACUGGUGUGAGAAUGAGUAUUUGACCAUGCAAGUUCCAUUACCUCUGGUUCAGACUAAUCCUUAUGUGAAGCUGGGACAGUUGCUGGCUGCUACAUGCAAAGAACUUCCAGGUCCCAAAGAAAGUAGACGGACAGCUAAAGACCUUUGGGAAGUAGUUGUACAAAUCUGUAGUGUGUCCAACCAGCACAAACGGGGGAAUGAUGGCAGAGUGAGUUUGAUAAAACACAGGGAGUCUACACUGGGCAUUAUGUACAGGAGUGAAUUGCUGUCCUUCAUCAAAAAGCUUCGGGAACCAUUGGUUUUAACCACAAUACUGUCCUUGUUUGUCAAGCUUCAUAAUGUUCGGGAAGAUAUUGUGAAUGAUAUUGCAGCAGAGCACAUUUCCAUCUGGCCCUCAUCCAUCCCCAAUCUUCAAUCAGUGGACUUUGAAGCUGUGGCUGUUACAGUAAAAGAGCUCGUCAGCUAUGCAUUGACUAUCAAUGCAAACAACCACUUCUGGUUAAUUAUUCAGGCAGAUAUUUAUUUUGCAACGAAUCAGUAUUCAGCAGCCCUUCACUAUUAUCUACAGGCAGGAGCUGUAUGCUCAGACUUCUUUAAUAAGAUGGUACCACCGGAUGUGUACACAGACCAGGUGAUAAAAAGAAUGAUCAAGUGUUGUUCUUUACUCAACUGUCACACCCAGGUAGCUAUUUUAUGCCAGUUCCUCAGAGAAGUAGACUAUAAAACUGCGUUCAAGGCACUGCAGGAACAAAACAGUCAUGAUGCCAUGGAUUCUUACUAUGAAUACAUCUGGGAUGUCACCAUCUUGGAGUAUUUGACAUAUCUCCACCACAAAAGAGGCGAGACAGACAAGCAGCAGAUAGCAAUAAAAGCCAUUGGCCAGACAGAGCUGAAUGCCAGUAAUCCUGAGGAGGUCCUACAGCUUGCUGCACAGAGAAGAAAAAAGAAGUUUCUUCAAGCAAUGGCAAAACUGUACUUCUAGGCUAACACUGGAAGACUAUUAUAAAAUGUGUGGAAGUGGAAAAAAAAAUCUUUCAAGACUUUUUUUUUUUAAAUUCAUUUAAAUUUUUAUACAACA